CGCAUUACAACGUCAGCUACUACGUGCUGGGGCCAAAGGUCACUUGAGUGAUGAAGAUUCCGCCACCGUAGCAGCUUCACUCACCGUCGCACUUGUUUAUUUUUUAAGGGGAACUUAACAAAGGCGGGCGAGCUGCACCAGGACCAAACUGGAGGAAGUCAUGGCACGUCUGGUCGCAGUUUGCAGGGAAGGGGAAGAAGACUACCCAUUUCUCACCAGACAGAUUCCCCUGUAUAUCGAUGAUACUCUCACGAUGGUGAUGGAAUUUUCUGAUAGUGUCAUGGAUGUUGACAGCCAAGAAAUAAACACCCCUCACUGGAAACAAUUUUCUGAGUAUCACUCCAAAUUGAAGCAGCAGGACUUAAAUAUCGCCCUGAUGGUGACAUCCAGAGAGGUGUACAGUGCAUUAUCUCAGCUGGUGCCAUGUGUGGGCUGCAGACGAAGCGUGGAGCGUCUCUUCUCACAUUUAGUGGAAUCAGGGAACCCGGCCCUGGAGCCCCUCACACUGAAACCCACAGGCAUGCUCUCUGUCACCAAGACCUGUUCAGCAGACGUAAAGAAGCUCUACACCCUCUUCUAUGUCCAUGGGUCAAAGUUGAAUGACAUGAUUGAUGCCAUUCCAAAAAGUAAAAAGAACAAACGCUGCCAGUUACACUCCUUAGACACACACAAACCGAAACCUUUGGGGGGAAGCUGGAUGGACGUGUGGGAGCUGAUGUCUCAGGAGUGCAGGGACGAGGUGGUCCUCAUCGAUAGUGCUUGUCUGUUAGAGACACUGGAGACGUACUUGCGUAAACACAGGUUUUGCACUGACUGUAAAAAUAAAGUGCUGAGGGCAUACAACAUCCUUGUGGGGGAGUUGGACUGCAGUAAAGAAAAGGGAUAUUGCGCUGCCUUAUAUGAGGGGCUAUGCUGUUGCCCACACGAACGCCACAUCCAUGUGUGCUGUGAGACCGACUUCAUCGCUCACCUCCUUGGCCGGGCAGAGCCUGAGUUUGCAGGAGGCUAUGAACGCAGAGAGAGACAUGCCAAGACCAUUGACGUUGCACAAGAAGAAGUCCUGACCUGUCUGGGUAUUCACCUCUAUGAGCGGCUGCACAGGAUCUGGCAGAAGCUACGAGCAGAGGAGCAGACCUGGCAGAUAUUGUUCCAUUUGGGAAUUGAUGCACUACGCAAAAGUUUUGAGAUGGCAGUGGAGAAGAUGCAGGGAAUCAGCCGGCUAGAGCAGUUUGUCGAGGAGCUGUCUGAGGAGGAGAGGGCCAAAGAGUUGAAGCAGGAGAAAAAGAGGCAAAAAAGAAAAAAUCGACGCAAAAACAAGUGCGGCUUUGACAUAUCAGAACAGGAGGCAGAGGACAAAGAGAAAAAUCUGGAUGAGGGUUCUCUUGAGUCUGUGGAGGGCACUUGCAAGGGCUGUGGUAGCCACGAUGAAGAGGAGGCAGGAUGUGAUGAGAGCAUCGCCGCCAGUGAAAGCACUUCCUGUAGCUGCCCAGACAACACCAAACAGGAUUUGUCUCCCCACAGCAAUGGUAGUGACUGCGGCUACUCGUCCAGUAUCGAGGGCAGUGAGGCGGGAUCUCGAGAAGGUUCUGAUAUUGCCUGCUCUGAGGGAAUAUGCAACCAUGACGAAGCAGGAGAUGACUCGAAUGCCCAUCAGUGUGCUGAAGACAAAGAGGAGGAUGGAAUGGACAGUUGUGUGGACUGCUGGCCACACUCUGAGGAAAACCCUCAAUGUAAGAGUAAAAAGAAGAAAAGGAAGGACAAGGGUUUAUGCAACAAUCAGGGACAAAAAGGUGAAGGCUGUGUUUCAGAUGGAAACAAAACUGGCCACAAUCCACCCCCAUCGCACACCUGCAGAACCAAAGAAAUCAUUUCCUCCUUAUGUGGCGAUACAUUUGCCAGCAUUGCACUACGGUUACCAUGGACCGCACAUCAAAAGAACCUCAGCCACCACGCGAACCCAGCAGAGGCAAACAAAAGUCUCGUGGAACUUCUGGAUGAUUCAGAAGUGACUUCAGAUGAAGAGAAUUGUCUGACACAAGAUGAAAUCCAGGCCUUUUUAGAAAGAAACCAGUCCUUCUACAACAACCGCCACAAGUACCGACAGCUCCUGAAAGACAAAUUCACCAACUACUGCCGCACCACUGAGCGCAGUAAGCCAGUCUGUGGAAAGUGGUUUGCCACCACCAGUGUCAACUAACUGCAUUAAUAACAUCUUCCCCUGGGAAAAACACUCAUGACCAUUAGUAGCGGUCCACUACUGCAACAUCUUUAGAAAAGUUCAUUCUGAAAUAAAUUUGGAGUCUUGUUCAGUUGUUUCUCCUUUUAAAGUAAAUGUGUUGGUCAUCUUUCUCUCUCUCUCUCUCUUUUGCACUUGUACACCAACACACCUUUCCAUCUCAUUUUUUGGCCGGUUUCUCACCUGUAAUUGUUCUCUUUGACCAAGCCUAGUUAUUUGUUGUUGGUCUUCUGUAGGGGCGUUGGGUAAGAGCACAGUGGAAUCAGUCAUCAAGCUUUGCAAGCUGUGACUUUAGGGAUAAAUGUUAGGAGUCUUAUUUUAUGUUGUCUUUAAAAAAAAAUAAAAAAAAAAAGUUUCUGUUUUGUUCCUCUUUGGUGACACUUCGGUGUAGUGGUGAAAGGUUGUACCAUUAAAUGUGUACAGAAAUUCUAAAUAUAAAAUUUUACAGAGAAUAAACAUCCAUUUGUAAUGAGGAUUUGGGUGUCAUGUUAAGAGCGCAAUGUGCAAAAUUUACUAAAUAAAGAAUAUUUAUUAAUA